AUGAAGGAUGCGCGUAUCCGGGACAAGUUAGCGGAUGAAAAGGGGGUUCUUUGCUUCGAGAUGGAGGCGGCCGGUUUAAUGAACCAUUUCCCGUGCCUAGUGAUCCGCGGGAUAUGCGACUACUCCGACUCGCACAAGAACAAGGAUUGGCAAGGAUAUGCGGCAAUGAUGGCAGCGGCGUAUGCGAAGGAUCUUCUGCGUCAGAUCCCGUCUAAUAAGGUCGAGGAAGAGAGGAGGAUUGGCGAAGUGGUUAAUUCACUCCAAGAGGGCCUGGGAUGCCUACACCAGACGACGAAUGAGACCAAAGCUGAGGUCGAAACUAUGAGACGCAAUCAUCACCUCGCUGAAGUUGAGAGAUGGCUCUGCCCACCCGACGCAUCGACUAACUUCAAUGAAGCGAGAAGAAAAUGGCACGAAGGGUCUGGGCUAUGGUUCCUCGAUAGCCCUGCCUUCAAUGAGUGGAAGUGUGGAUCACAUCAUCUGUGGCUUCACGGCUUAGCAGGAUGUGGCAAAACUGUCCUUAGUGCGACGAUAGUGGAUCAUCUCCAGAAGAGGAACGAUUGCAUAGUCCUGCAAUUCUACUUCGAUUUCAACGACACUUCGAAACAGAAGGUGGACGGCGUGUUGCGCUCUCUUGUCUUUCAGCUCUACAAAUUAGGAUCUAGUUCUAAUGAGCUUAACAGCCUAUACCAAUCCCACUUCGACUACCAGAGACAGCCAGACAAUCCAAGUUUAACAAAAACACUCCAUGCAAUGAUGAAGGACUCGAAAAAUAUUUAUCUAGUCAUGGAUGCACUAGACGAGUGCACAGAGAGAGGGGAACUGCUCCAAUGGAUGAUGGAAUUCUUCAACGCGCCCGACCUAGGCCAUGUUCGUAUGAUCGCCACUGGCCGGCCAGAUGAAGAGUUUCUGAGACGUAUUCCCGGUUGGAUAGGUAAAAACAACUGUUUGCAACUCGAUAAAGAGGCUGUCAACGCCGACAUACGCUCCUAUGUCACGGCAAAGCUUGAGCAGAGUCCCGAUUUCUUGGAAAAGGAACUGUCUCAGGAUCUUCGCGAACGGAUUCGGAAUGAAGUCGGAGAUAGGGCUGACGGGAUGUUCAGAUGGGCAGCAUGUCAAUUGGCUAGCCUUGCAAAAUGUAUGAGUCCCAGGGAUAUCGAAACAGCUCUGAAGACUUUGCCCGGGGAUCUCAAUGAGACAUAUCAGCGCAUGCUCCAAAACAUACCAGCAAACCUUAAGAAGGAUGCUAUACGUCUCCUACAGUUCCUUGUCCACGGCAAGCGGCCGUUGACGCUACAUGAGGCCGUAGAGGUAAUAGCCACACAGACGGAUGAGGAGCCACGAGGCUUCGACCUAAAGCGCAGGCUUUUUCGCGGUGACGAUAUUCUACAGUACUGCCCCAGUCUAGUGUCGGUUAUUGAUGUCUUAGCUUAUAACGGGGCUAGAAAAGAGCUCCACCUUGCCCAUUUCUCAGUCAAAGAGUAUCUUCUGAAGGAAGGGCAGUUUGGUCUACCUCUUGCUAGCAUUGUCAUUACCAGGACUUGUUUGACAUACCUUACUGAUAUUGAGGGUAGAUGGUGGGAAAUUAAGAAGAGAUUUGCGAUGGCGCAAUAUGCGGCGAUGUAUUGGAUGGACUAUGCCGCUUUGGCGGAAAGAUCAGAAGACGUUGUUCAAAUAAGUAUCAAGUUUUUACAGGACGAGUCGACUUUUCAGCGGUGGGUUCAGCUGUACCAGGCGGACAAUAUGCUGACCAGAGCACCGGGUUCUCGACAAGAAUUAAGACUCUAUUAUGCUUGCCUGGGUGGACUUGCAGCAGUCUCAAGAGCCUUGAUAGACGGAGACGCCGAUGUCAACGCGCAGGGCGGCCUUUACGGUAACGCUCUUCAGGCUGCUGCAAAUGGAGACCACCGAGAUAUUGUUCAACUUUUGCUGGACAGGGGUGCCGAUGUCAACAUACAGGGCGGCCUUUACGACAAUGCUCUUUACGCUGCUGUAAAUGGAGGCCACCGAGAUAUCAUUCAACUUUUGCUAGACAGAGGUGCCGAUAUCAACGCACAGGGCGGCUAUGACGGCAAUGCUCUUUACGCUGCUAUAAAUGGAGGCCACCGAGAUAUUGUUCAACUUUUGCUGGACAGGGGUGCCGAUGUCAACAUACAGGGCCGCCUUUACAACAAUGCUCUUUACGCUGCUGUAAAUGGAGGCCACCGAGAUAUUAUUCAACUUUUGCUGGACAGGGGUGCCGAUGUCAACGCACAGGGUGGCGAUUACGGUAACGCUCUUCAGGCUGCUGCAAAUGGAGGCCACCGAGAUACUGUUCAACUUUUGCUGGACAGGGGUGCCGAUGUCAACGUACAGGGUGGCUGGUACGCCAACGCUCUUUACGCUGCUGUAAAUGGAGGCCACCGAGAUAUUAUUCAACUUUUGCUGGACGGGGAUGCCGAUGUCAACGCACAGGGCGGCGAUUACGGUAACGCUCUUCAGGCUGCUGUAAAUGGAGGCCACCGAGAUAUUAUUCAACUUUUGCUGGACAGGGGUGCCGAUGUCAACGGAAAGGGUGGCUGGUACGGUAACGCUCUCCAGGCUGCUUCAAAGGGAGGCCACCGAGAUAUUGUUCAACUUUUGCUGGACAGGGGUGCCGAUAUUACAGCUCUCGAUAAACAUGUAUGGUACUUCUCAUGGGUGGACGACCUCUAUUAG